AUACUAUUUCGACAUCGGCGCACACAUUUCUUCUGCCCAUCUUCUCCUUCGAUCUUCUUCGUUGUUCUUCGCCACUUCGCCGCCUACCUCGCCCUCGCCUUCUCCGCUUCCGCCUUACGCCAAGGACAUUGCAGAAGAUCUACCUCUAGUUACAAAAUGAGCCGACCAAUGGAGGAAGAUACUAGCAAAAAUGAGGAAGAGGAGUUCAACACUGGUCCACUUUCAGUUCUCAUGAUGAGUGUUAAAAAUAACACUCAGGUUCUUAUUAAUUGUCGCAACAAUAAGAAGCUCUUGGGACGUGUACGGGCCUUCGACCGGCAUUGUAAUAUGGUUCUGGAAAAUGUUAGAGAGAUGUGGACUGAGGUACCUAAAACUGGGAAGGGCAAGAAAAAGGCUCAACCUGUUAACAAGGAUAGAUUCAUCAGUAAGAUGUUCCUGAGAGGAGACUCUGUCAUCAUUGUUCUUAGGAAUCCCAAGUAAGAAUAGUUGGCCAUCGCGUAAUACGUUCAGUUUGACUUCUUGAGUUGACUCCAUAUGCCUGCCAAUCUUAUUGUCUUCCUCCCUGUGAUAAACAUCAAACCUUUCAUUUGAUAGCCUGAUCUUCUUCCAAGUUUUGAGCUAUCUAUAUCAGUUUGUACUUCAUUUUAAUAUCUCUUUUCCUGCGAACCAUUUGCCAAAUACUGUAACUCUAGAAAUUGUAUCUGUUUAGGUAUCAGAGAUUACUUAGUAGAAAUGCUAUAUCUGUUUUUAACGUGUUUAUUUAUGGAGUUUUGUCUUUGCAACUUGGGACAUCGUUUGUUUUGAUCACAAGUGAUAUUAUCAUUCAGAAUUAUGAGUU